AUGGCUAAUAGGCAGCUUAUAGACGGUCUAGGUCUAAACUGGUCGACAAGCCAGAGAGAUGAGUUCCUUGCCAAGAUUAAGAUAGUUGAGCUACCAAAACUUGAGUCGCCACACCCGCCAACUGAGCUUUUCUCCGCGGGAAUUCCCGAGGAAAGACACCAAUGGCAGGGGUCUUGGAAAGAUAAGUCACUAAGGGACCCUUGGUAUAAUGAAGGAUUGUGCCGGGAAACCGUGGACCUCGACUCUCAUCUUAAGUAUAUCGUACCGCAAGAGGAGAGCGUUAUAUUCCGCGACAUUGAAACCAAAGAAACCGUUCUUGUAGUUCUUCGUGACUUCAUACCUGACGAAGACCUUCGAAAGGUAAUGAUGAGAGUGUGCCGGGAAAUUGUCAAGAGUCAUCAGGAUGGUAAGCGCGAGGACCCAGGGAUGCUCUGCCACGUUGGCUAUACUUGUAGCCCACAAAAUGAUUCCCAGGUUCGACUGGCUGCGUCUUGUAUAAAGUUGAAUACGGAUGAGGAAAUAACCGAUGAGACCGAGCUGAAUAAUGCGGCACAGGGCGUGGCUGGAAUGGUGUGGAACUUGAUGAAGUCUCAGUUCCCCCCUGAGAUCACUGCCAAGUACAAUGAUACUAUUCACGAUAACGAGUUCCCUCGGAUGGAAAUCAGGAAGGACGACGAAACCUUCACGUUUAAGGUAGGUGGCGAAGACGUCACGUUCGACACAGGUGAGGACGGUUUAGAACUACCCUCGCCAUCGGGAAUGGCGGCUGUUUAUUAUGCGCGGCAUACACAUACAGAGGUGAACGGUAACUCUUGGAUUGUCUCUUGCACCGUCAAUGCCCCUGGCGAUACUACCACCGGGGGUAAUUUUUAUCUAGCAUCGUAUGGCAUUAUGGUGCUUCCUACUACCAACACAGCAAGUGCAUGGCGUCCUUGGGACUAUUACGGUACGUCGCUUUACGAGAAGGAGUCGGGCCCUGAAGAUCGAGCGGGGUUUGAAGUUUGUAAGGACGAGGGUUUAGACACGGACAUGGUAUUCGAAAUCUUGAAAUCGCUCAAGGCGGCUCGGAAGAGGUCUAAUUGGCUUGAAGAUAGCCGUAAAUGGAAGGUAACGAAGGCGACCUCGUCGAAAGCUAGAUCGCAAAAGUUAACAUUCUCCCACCCCCUGAUGUAA